GACGCGAUUUCCUGUGCCGGCCUCUUACCCCUUGUGUUAGUGUGAGCGGAGCAUGGAAGGACUUCUUGGGCACUAUGAAGAGAGACUGCGGGAGCAGGAAUCAGAGAUUAUAUCUCUGACCAAAGAGAUCGCAGCCCUAAGAAACUUUGCAUUUGUUGGUGACUCACCAAGCUUAGAAGGACUGUGGGAAGAGAACUCCAAACUGAAGUACCGACUGAACAUCCUGCGUAAGAGUCUUCAGGAAGAAAUAGACCCAUCAGUAAAAAGCAUGAUUAACAUCAAUGUCAAGCUCCGAGACAUUUUUGACGGGGCUAUAAGAGCAUCAUUUCCUGAAUUGGUAAAUGCACCAUUGGCAGUCACUCCGAGUCAGCAAUCUAAGUUUGGUGACUACCAGUGCAACAGCGCAAUGGCAAUGACCCAGAUGCUUAAGGCAAAAGGUGAAAAAGUAAGCCCAAUUGAAAUUGCAAAUAAAAUUGUUAGAAAUCUUCCAGAAAAUAACUUGAUUGAGAAAACAGAAAUUGCUGGCCCAGGUUUCAUUAAUGUACACAUAAAGAAGAUUUUCAUAUCGAAACAGCUGACCAAGCUGCUGGUGAAUGGUGUCCAACCACCUGUAAUAGGAGAAAAGAAAAGGGUUGUCGUUGAUUUCUCUUCUCCAAAUAUUGCCAAAGAAAUGCAUGUGGGUCAUUUACGCUCUACCAUUAUAGGAGACAGCAUAUGCCGAUUAUUUGAAUUUGUUGGACACGAUGUACUCCGGAUAAAUCAUUUAGGAGAUUGGGGUACUCAGUUUGGCAUGUUGAUUGCCCACCUGCAAGAUAAAUUCCCAAACUAUCUGUCAGUCUCUCCACCUAUUGGGGAUCUCCAGUUAUUUUACAAGGAGUCCAAAAAGAGAUUUGAUGAAGAAGAUGACUUUAAGAAAAGGGCUUAUCAAUGUGUAGUGCAGCUGCAGAGCAAGAGUCCUGGCUUCAUCAAAGCCUGGAACCUGAUCUGUGAUGUAUCCAGAAAAGAAUUUCAGAAAAUUUAUGAUUGUCUGGACAUUUGCAUCAUCAACAGAGGAGAAUCCUACUAUCAAGAUAAAAUGAUCCAAGUGGUUAAAGAAUUUGAAGAGAGAGGUUUAGUUGAAGUGGAUGAAGGAAGAAAAGUUGUAUUUCCUCCUGGAUGCUCAAUACCUCUGACUAUUCAGAAAUCAGAUGGGGGAUUUACGUACGAUACUUCAGACCUGGCCGCCAUAAAGCAGAGAUUACAUGAAGAGAAAGCAGAUAUUAUUGUUUAUGUAGUGGAUAGUGGACAGGGCAUUCACUUACAGAAUGUGUAUGCAGCUGCUCAGAUGAUUGGUUGGUAUGAUGCAAAAGUGACCAGAGUAGAACAUGCUGGAUUUGGUGUUGUCCUAGGAGAAGAUAAGAAAAAAUUUAAAACCAGGUCAGGUGACACUGUUAGAUUAAUUGAUUUGCUGGAAGAGGGGCUGAAACGCGCUAUGGACAAGCUAAAGGACAAAGAGAGAGAUAAGGUACUGACUCCCGAAGAUUUGGAAGCUGCACAGAAAGCUGUUGCCUUUGGGUGCAUAAAAUAUGCAGACUUGUCCCACAACAGGAUGAAUGACUAUAUCUUCUCAUUUGACAAAAUGUUGGAUGAUCGAGGGAACACAGCUGCCUAUUUGCUGUAUGCUUUUACCAGAAUAAGGUCUAUUGCAAGAUUGGCAAAUAUCACUGAUGAACAACUGCACAUAGCAGCUCUGGAAACAGAGAUACAUUUACAGCAUGAGAAGGAGUGGAAACUUGGCAAAAGCAUCCUCAGGUUCCCUGAGAUUCUGCAGAAGAUUUUGGAUGACCUCUUGCUACACACUCUAUGUGAUUACCUAUAUGAAUUGGCCACCACCUUCACAGAGUUCUAUGAUAACUGCUACUGUGUGGAAAAGGACAGACAAACUGGUCAGAUUGUCAAGGUGAACAUGGGCAGAAUGUUGCUGUGUCAUGCUACAGCUGUUGUAAUGGCUAAAGGCUUUGAUAUUCUGGGAAUCAAACCUGUACAGAGAAUGUAACAUUGUAAUGACCAACUGAGUUUCUGUUCUUUAUUACAUGCAGAAAUUGAUUUUACUUUUCUAAAAUAAAAUAAAUUGAAUAAUGCAAUAA